CCCACCCCCACACACCCUGAAUUACAGGGUGGCUUGUUUUUGUUUUGCUUUCGGUGACAGGCAGAAAUAAGAGGAACGGGCGGGCCUAGUUUUCUGACAGGAAAGAAGAUCUUCUGUUUUUGGUGGUAGAGAGGGAGGAAGCGACGUUUCCCAUAAAGAAGCGAGCGUUGAUUUUUUAAAACACACCCGUUUUCCGUCAGUUUUUAAGCUUUCUCCUCGCUUUCCCCACGCCGUAUCUUGCAGUGAUGGUAAAUACGGUGUAAUAUUCAAGGAAAAAUAUGGGAAAUUGUUUGAAAUCUCCUACGUCAGAUGAUAUUUCUUUGCUUCAUGAGUCUUCUGACCGGGCGAGUUACGGAGACGGCACCGAAAUAGACCAGGAGCCGCCGCCGCCAUAUCAGGAACAAGCUCAGGUUCCUGUCUACCAUCCUACUCCAAGUCAAACCCGGCUGGCCACUCAACUUACUGAAGAAGAACAGAUCAGAAUAGCGCAAAGAAUAGGUCUCAUUCAACACCUACCCAAAGGGGUCUAUGACCCAGGAAGCGAUGGAUCAGAAAAGAAAAUUAGAGAGUGUGUUAUAUGUAUGAUGGACUUCGUUUAUGGUGAUCCAAUUAGGUUUCUUCCAUGCAUGCAUAUUUAUCACCUGGACUGUAUAGAUGACUGGCUGAUGCGAUCCUUUACCUGCCCUUCAUGUAUGGAACCCGUGGAUGCUGCAUUGCUUUCUUCGUAUGAGACCAAUUGAGAAGACUUUGUCUUCUAUAUCUAGAUACCGUGGAUAAAACAAAAAUCCUGAUCUCUACCUUUUGAGCCAAAGAGUCAGAGAUUUGGAAAACCCUGAUUGUAUGCGAUCAUGUACUAAGUACAACACUGACGAUAACUCAUGACUGCAGUGGUUUAAAAACUUGUAUAUAAUACUUAAAUGCUGUUAUUAAAAAAAAAAGUAACUUACAAAGCCCUGACCACACGUGAACCUUAAAGAUGGGCUAAUACAUGUGAAAUAAUCAUUAAUUUGUCACAUAGCACAAAACCAUGAUUAUGGUGCAGCAUGCAUUUCAAACGUUUUUUUGUAAGACAUAACUCGCAUGUUAAAGGAACAGUAUCUUCUAUUUGACAUCUUACUACGGCCAUUUAUAAUUGUUUUAUUUUUAAUGCAUGGAGUAUCAUUUUCACACAGAUCGAUGGUUCCAAAAGUAUCCCAUGCAGCAGAACUCUCAGGAACAAUGGGUGCUUACUUUCUUUUGGUAUAAUAAUUAUUUGGUUUGGGGGGGGGGGGGGAGUAUAAAGAGCAUUUCUAAACUCAUUUUUGAGACAUUCUUAAACUUUACAUCUGAAGCCUAAUAUACUUAAGAACAUACGUGUGUGUGUGUGUAUGUAUGUGGGGGAAAAAAAGCAAGCGAAUGAGUAUCUGCUUGUAGAUUUUUAUAAAUAGUUAACAUUUAU